GGGGGGGGGGGGGGGUUUGCAGAAGCCGAGGAUAGUGCCAAAAAGGAGCAAGAGAAGGACUAGUUUUGCAGGGAUGGCGAGCAUUAAGCUAAUUUCAGCAGCGGACUCUCAGUACUCUGGGACACUCCUGAAGGCUCUUAAUGAGCAGCGCAACACUGGACUCUUCUGCGAUGUUACCAUCAUUGUACAGGACCGUAAAUUCAGAGCCCACAAAAACAUUCUGUCAUCUUCCAGCACUUACUUCCAUCAGCUUUUUUCAGUUGUUGGCCAGGUGAUUGAGCUUAACUUCAUAAAGGCAGAGAUUUUUGAAGAAAUACUGAAUUACAUUUACAGUUCAAAAAUCAUCCGGGUCCGAUCAGACAUUCUGGAGGAGCUCAUUAAGUCUGGUCAGACACUAGGAGUCAAAUUUAUUGCUAACUUGGGUUUGCCCCUCUCCCAGGUCAAAGGAUUACCUGGUUUGUCAAAAGAUCCUGCACCGGACGAUGUGGGUUCCAGUUCAUCAUCCAAAGGCCCAGGCUCGCAAAAUAUCCCAGCCAAAAAUGAUCUAAUUACCCAAGAGGCAGGUGGUGAAGCCAUGCCCAUUAUAACUGAGGCCUUCUCUCUGUCCAGCGAGGAAUUCAAGCAGUCUGAAGGUUUUGUUGACAAUGAUUCAGAUAGCGAUGAUGUCAUCUUCUGCUCUGAAAUUACACCCCCAAAAUCAGGUGUAUCCAGCAGCACAGCUACACAAGGUCAGUCCAACAGCACAGCGACACAAGGUCAGAACAAGCCUGCUGAAAUUAUCGACUUGGAAGAAGAGGACACAGCAGAAAACAGUCAGCCUGCUCCUGUUAGCAGCUCCCCUAGGUUGAUUCAGGGCAGUACUGUGAAAAACUCUAGUGCUGUAACAAUACCCUCUAGUGAACAGGAGGAAGCUAAUCCAGCGCCUGGCACAAGCUCUUCACAUAACCAGCCUAACUCCAGUUCCCUCACCUCCCUCCCAGAGCAUGAAAGUCCUGACACCAACAUGAAUCUUGCCUCUCCAACUGGCUCUUCAUCUUGGGACAGCUUCUGCAGUCCCCCAUCCACCCCAGUUCCAGUGACUAGUUCCCCGACAGGCACGUACCCCAGCACUAAAGCAAAGGAAAACCAUGAGGCCAGAGGAGUCCAGAAGAAACAGGUGGUUGCCCUCUUAGAGAAUGCUGCAAGCAAACCUGGGGAAUUCAAAAUCAAGCUCUCAGACAUAGGGUCAGCAAGCCAUUCCAGAAACGGAGCCACUGAGUCGAAGGGCUCUGAAAACAUCACAGGUGGGAAGAAGAUCAUAACUUUGGACAAAGGCGCCGAAAUCGACGCUUUGUCGACCGGGUGCAAGGUGUACGCCAAUAUUGGAGAGAACACCUAUGACAUUGUCAUUCCAGUGAAAGACGACCCCGGUGAAGGAGAUUCCCAAUCCGGUGGGGGGAAGAAAUCCAGAACGGCUACAACUGAUGAUCUGAACACCUCUCCAAGCCGGAAAAAGAUCAGAGUGAAGCACGAUGACCAUUAUGAGCUGAUUAUGGACGGGCGGAUCUUUUAUAUCUGUAUUGUUUGCAAGCGGUCGUACGUGUGCCUGACCAGCCUGAGGCGGCACUUCAACACCCACUCCUGGGAGAGGAAGUACCCAUGCCGUUACUGUGACAAAGUGUUCGCUCUCGCCGAGUACAGAACGAAGCACGAGAUCCAUCACACAGGAGAGCGCCGCUACCAGUGCUUGCUUUGCGAAGAGUAUUUCAUCAACUACCAGGUGUUGUCCUCGCACUGCAAGUCCGUUCACAACCAGGAUCCCUCUGGGAAAAAGGAGAAGGACGACAACGAAUCCAAAUUGUACCGUCUGCUCCCUUGCAAAUCCUUGCAGCUCAGGCCGUACUCCUACGUCUCCAACACCUCAGGUGAAAUACCCAUUAUAAACGAGGAUGGACUCGUGUACCAUGUGGAUCCCACCAAAGCGGCGUCCGGGUUCAGCCCCGGCUCCCAGCCUCUCGCAUCGGGCAAGCAGGUAGUGCACUGGGAUGAUAUUUUUGUCCAUCCUGGUUCAGGGCAGCCAGCGACUUACAUACAUCCCUCUGAAGGCACUUCCGAGUUUGAAUUUGUUAUACCAGAGUCCUACUGAAAGCACUUUGCUUUUUAUCUGCUCUCUGUGGUCCAAGACAAACUCCUACUCUAAAACUAUGUUGGGUGUGAAUUUGACUCACAUGUAUGUAGGAUGUCUCAACGUAGCACUGGCUUGGUGGCCUGAGGCAGCUAGGUUUUAGUAAGCAACCCUGGUCACUUAAAUCUCCUUUUUUAUUUUUUAAUUGUGGUAGGUGAACUAUAAUGUUUAGCUGGUUACUUUUUGUAUGAAAGUAUUCUUUUAAUAAGUUCUGUUACCCAUAGUUGGGUUAGAAAAAAGUAGAAAUCAAGUUGCAAAUUAUAUUCCAAGAUAAACAUUUUUAAAACUAGCUGCUCUUUAAAGUACAAGGCAUAGGUUACCUAGAAUGUGAAAAAAACUGUUUAAAGUUGUUAGAGAUACGUGCAGCAGUUCAGUAUCUUAGGUUUUGUUUUUUGUAUAUACCACGAUUUUAGAGCGCGGCAUUACCGGAGAGCAUACUAAAUUGCUUUACAUAACCAAGAAUGCUUAUCAACCCGAAAUAAGUUAUCUUUUUUUUGUUGAUGUUGAUGAGUUGGCAGAUCUAUCUGAUGGAGAACUUCUUCACAUUACCCACCUGUCAAACAAUCUGGUGUAAAAUGAAAACCAGACCUAGUAUUUAUAGAAUUCUUUCUGGUCUUAGUUCCGGAGUUGUGGUUAUCACUGAUACCUUUACAGUUUUUAAGUAGAAGAUCACCUAAAUUAUACUUUUAUAGACGUUUAUAAAAGAAAAAAAAGAUUUUUCACAUUCAAACUAGGUAAUCAUAGGGUAUAUUUUAUUACAGAGUGAAAACGUUACUCUCUUAAUAUCUUCAGAUACUCAGCUGUUUAGAAAGGUAUAAUACGGUGUGCUUUUGGUGGAUAUUUUGAAUGUUCACGGGAGCGGAAUGGUUAAGACAAGGUUGGUUAGGGUCAGUCCAUCAUCAAACUGGUUUAAAGCCUGUGCUAUAUUUAAUUUUUGGUUUUAAUGAACUUAAGACUAAAAACAGAUAAUAAAACAGGAACAGCAAUGUUCAGAAUACAAGUUCUAAAAGAAAAUAAUUAAAUGUAAUGUUCUCUUUUUUGUUUUUCAUCCUAAACCUGCUAUUGCCUACUGUUACUUCUGCAUGUUCAGCAUUUGUUUAUGCCUAUUCCUGCAAUAGAAAAGCUAGCUAAUGAAUGGCUUGGGCUAUUUUCUUGUAUUGAGUUUCAUGUUUAGCAGAAACGUACAGCUGAUAAGGUUGAUGAGUAGUGCAGGAAUUAAUUGCUGUCCCAUCAGGGUCUCUGUACAAUGCAGUUUAUUUACGUCACGCACAGUAAUACAGGUGCUCAUGAAAAGGCAGGUGCUGCCAGUGCAAGUGCAGGUUGCAGUGUUGUGACAGUGUUGAAAUCCUGGGUGUUUGUGCUCCCGAUCAGUCUCCCUUUACAAUACAGCUACGCCCUUCCACCACGAUGGACAACUUCCAUUUCUGUCUUACCAUCGAGUCAUCCCACCCCUUUGAAGGCGUACCACCAACCUUACUUAGCAUCAUUCCAGGUCUGGAGGUAGAUUUACAGCACAGAUUCAUUUUCUGCUGUUCACAGGUUGAUGUCCAUAACUUUAACAGUUUGGCAAAUAUAUAGAUGCACUAUUUGAAUAAUGUUGAAGAGUAGGCAAUGCUUUUUAUCAUGGAAAUGAAUCUUGAAUUGUGGUUGCUAUGUUGGAGAGAGAAGGGGAAUUAUCUGUCUAAAAAGGGGAUUUUUCUGAAACAUGGUGCUGGAUAUUUAACACAUAUUAUCUUAUUGUCCUGAGACUUUUUUUGUCCUUUCACAGACACUUGACUCCUUAAGGCCACCAAGCCAAUUAGUGUAGAUCAGCCAAAGUAACACAAUGUUCUGUACACCAAGUUAGUGUAGCUUGUAAGAAAAGAAGAUAAAUCUGCUGAAGGUAUAAAAAAGGGAUAGAUAUUUGAAGUGCUUAACUGUAUUGCUGUAAAAUUGAAUACCUUGUAGGAAAAGUGCUAACCUAAACCCUGAUUCCAGAUAUGGCACUUUGUGGCACAUGCAUAGAUAGUGUAGUUCUGUCUAACUUUCAUUCUGAUAUAUCCCAUUUGCAGAGUUGAGGUUUAGCACUUUGUUCCACUGAUCUUUUAAUUUACUGUUUUGAGGAUGAAUUUUAGCAUUCAGUAGGAUUCUUGGCUCACCUGCCCAGUGCUUAUGUAUGGGGGUAAAUGUAACAUGUUUUUCCCUGUGACUAAUAGCCCUCAUUGUCUGAUGUGUGCAGAAAAGGAGGAUUUGACUUCACCUUUAGAAGAAACAGUAUCAUUCUCUUGAAGAAAUAGUGCUUGUACAGUGCAGCCAGUGUAAAAAGCCCAUUUUAGCAAACGUAUUUGUCACAGUGUUAAAUUAAUUUUCUUUUCAUAUUUUGGAAUCUGCUUUAUGACGUACAGUAACUUUACUACUGUAUUAGUAAAAAGCUUGUUACUGUGGGUGUGGGGGUCAACAGGGCUGAAAAAAUAUCCCUGUGCCAGUCUGGCCCACAAACCUAACAAGGACCAUACCCGAACCAUAUCUCAACAUUUAACUGUAUCAAAAAUAAUAAAGGAGGAUUGAGAACAAGAAUGUGCUUUAGUGAGGAUCCAGGCAAACCCGUGCAUGGCUGGACACUAAUCAUGAAAUAUCAGCAGUGGCUUCGACAUUCUCUGGGCAUGGCAAUAUCGUGGCACUGCAGUUCAGGGGUGAUUGGUAUAUUCUUUAUGGUGGAAGGUAUUGAUUUCAUUUUCUAGAGAACCCCACUAUUUUUAUGCUAACGCCAUCCUGUGGUGACAACAAGCAGACUCCACUACACACAACAUUAUAUAACAUUAUGCUUUCAUAUAAAUAUACAUCCCAUUGCAACCCCAGAGGCUGACUGCUAUCUCUGCAUACGCAGAUACCUGAAGCUAGGGCAGUCUGGAUCUGGGAGGGUAAUGUAUAAGUGUGCUGGGCUAAUCCAGACAAGAUGAGGAAGGCAUGCAACCUCAGGUUCAAAUCACUUUAUUUGUAGUAUGCCACUGGCACGCUAGUGAUACCUAAAGCAAUUUAUGUAGCAACAAACUUAUCAAUAGUUUGAUUGUUUUAAAAAGCUAUUUGGGAAAGCAAAGCAGGGCUGCACUAUUAAAUGGUCUUGGUAUUGUUCUGGGUGAAAGGUCCCAUACUUCGCAAUAGCAACGAUUAGGUAUUUUGAUUGGAAAGACUGGUUUGUGGUCUAUUGGAAGAAACAGACAUAUUAUGUAUGCUGGACACAUGUAAUGCAUCUCCAAGACAGGGCUGUAAUUCAGUACAGCUUUGUGUUGAGAGGCGAUAUAGAUUUGUAGUGUUAGAAAACCAUGCAGAAUAUGACACGGCAGCCUGAAGGUUGUCAGUGGAUUGAAUGUUCUUGGUAAUAAGGUGUGCAUUAGUGAUUUAUACUGGAUGCUUAAUAACCCUUAUUUAUAGCACUGUUUGGUACAAGUGGCAACAUUGUAACCAUGUGCUGGCCAGUAGAAGCACUUCAGAUCUAGUUGUGUGUGUGUGUGUGUUUAAAGUACAAUACAGUGCUUGCUUAAUUUUCCAACUGUCCAAAUUAACUGUAGCAGUGCUUCUGCUUUUCAAACAACUUCUGUAAAUAACUGUACUAAAGCCCUUUACUUAACAUUAGAUUCUUGUUUUGUUUCUUGUCUCUUAUUUAUAGCUCUUAGUGCUUUCAAAAAUGUCAAUAAAACUUUAUGAAUGUACAUUCUUUCAGCGUUUGUUUCAUGAGGGGAACAGAGAUCUUAAAAUCUCGUAAAACUACAAUACAGAAAUUCUUUGUAGAUGCCAUGUUGUGAGUUGGUUUCAGAGCUGUCUUCCAGCUUUCCUGCACUGGGCUUGCAUUCUGUACAGGACACUUUUACAAUUCCCAGGUAAUCCACUGUAUGUAUCCCUAGCAAUGACAUUUUUUUCCAAGGAAUUCUGAAAACAUGGGAGGACAGGUGAACCAAUCAGAAGAGAAACAAAUUCUUUCAUCAGUGCAGGAGCACGAUAUUGUUACAAAAAAAAAAAAAGUAAACUUAAUGUUAACUAUUAGCGAACAGUUGAAAUGUUCAUCUCAAUUGUCAUUUUUGUAAAAACAUACCACGAGCACGAGCAAAAAUAAAUAACAAGCAAAAAUAA